UCCAUAAGUUGCUCCAAACUUCAGUCUGGAGGUUUGUGUUUCCUGGGGUUUUGUGGACGUUGCUUCAGGCCUGUCCUCGCUGUGUCUCUUACAGUCGUCUCCAGAGACUCUUUUUCACUCAAACUGUCCCGUCUUUGGUCCAAAUGACGUCAAAGUCCGAGGACAGAGCGGCGCACGAGCUCACAGAGGCGAUGGAGGAGACGAUGCAGCGGGUCCAGGGCAGGUUCCAGACCCUGUCCCAUCAGCUGGAGGACAAGAAUAUCCAAAUGGGACGCCGCAUCGACGACCUGCAGAAGAACGUCUCAGAGCUGAUGACACAGGCCGGGAUGGACCAGGCCGUGUGUAAAUGACGCCCUGACUGUGCACGGGGCCCUCAGUGUGCACGGGGCCCUCAGUGUGCACGGGGCCCUCAGUGUUCAUGGGCCCUCAGUGUGCACGAAGCCCUCAGUGUGCACGGGACCCUCAGUGUGCACGGGACCCUCAGUGUGCACGGGGCCCUCAGUGUGCACGGGGCCCUCUCUGUGCUCGAGAGCCGUCGUCUAAACGGCUCAUUUCCAGAGGACAGUCAUGUGACCUGAGCUCAAACUGUUUCUUUUCGCUGUGAUAAAAAUCAGUUUGAUGUUUUUUCGUGUGGCUCUUGUGUCGCUGUGGGAGGAGCCUCAUGAAGACGUUGUGGGAGGAGCCUCAUGAAGACGUUUGAACAUGUUUGUACUUCACUGUUACUGCCAAAGUUUCCUGUGUAAAGUGUCAUUGAACA